CUCCUCCCCGAGACUGACUCCUCCCCUGUCCCCGUCAGAUCUCCGGCGAAUCACUGUGCCCUCCCAUUAGUGACUCUUCCCCUCUCCGUGACUGACUUCGUGCGAGUGGCGCCGCCUCCCGGGAAGCAUGGCCGGCUCUGACUGUGCAGCUGAGGAGCCGCAACAAGAUGAGGGUUUCGCCCAGUUCGUGUCUCUGCACCUGACCGCCCUCACCGCCUCCGGGAUCCCCCAGCUCUACUGGGCCGCUCUGUACCGCAAACUGCACGGGGAGGUGUUUGAUGCGGGGGAGAUAUUCGGGAUUAUGCAGGUGGAGGAGGCAGAGGAGGACGAUGAAGAUGAUGAUGAAGAGCAACAGGAGUCAGAAAUGAAGAAGCCAAAUCCCGGCACUGAGCUGUCCUUCAAAGUGAUUGUAACCAAUGAAGGGGGACUCCAAGCCUCUGAUCCCAACAGCAUCUUCCUCAUUGACCACGCCUGGACAUACCGUGUAGAUCACGCCCGCCAGCAGCUCCUGCAAGUGCCCGGCCUCCUGCACCGCAUGGCCAAUCUCAUGGGGCUGCCGUUCCAUGGGGAGGUGCCUGAUGAAGGCGUGGUGGAGGCGGUGCUUCAGGACAUGUGGAAAUACAACCAAACCUACCAGCUCUCCCAUGGGUCGGCAGAGGAGAAGGUUCCAGUCUGGUACAUUAUGGAUGAGUUCGGAUCUCGGAUCCAGCAUUCCAAUGAGCCAACGUUUUGUACCGCUCCCUUGUUCUACUUCCCUCAGCAAAUCGCCUUCACCAUCUUGUGGCCCCUGAGGGACCUGGAAAAUGGAGAGGAAGUUACACGGGAUUUUGCCUACGGAGAGUCCGACCCCCUGAUCCGGAACUGCCUGUUGCACCCGUGGCGGCCCGUAGACUUAAGUCACAUUGGGAGUCACACCCCGGAGCCGCCUGCCAGUUAUUAUGAGGCAAUCUUCUCUGAGAAUAAAGAGACCCUGCCGGUUCCCAUAGCGCCAGCCUGUCCCGCCAAGGACAAAAUCUUCAGGGUACACACAGACAUGGAGCAGGUACUGGCCGGGCUCAGCCACCCGCGUUUCCUGUUCACGGGUGACGAGAAAGAAGCCGAUAUCCUGUUCAACUUCUCCCACAUCAAGGAUUACAGGACCCUAAGCACCGAGAGGCCCCACCUCCUGCUCAAUCAGUUCCCCUGCGAGAACCUCCUCACCGUUAAGGAUUGUCUGGCCUCUGUUUCACGCCGGGCCGGGGGGCCAGAGGGUCCAAGAUGGCUGCCAAGGACCUUUAACCUACGCACGGAACUUCCGCAGUUCAUCAGUUGUUUCAAGCAGCGCGAGCAACGCGGUGACGACAAUCACUGGAUUUGUAAACCAUGGAACCUGGCGAGGGGCCUCGAUACCCACGUCACCACUGACCUCUCCUACAUUAUACGUCAGAGGGAAAGUACCCCCAAGGUUGUAUGUAAGUACAUCGAGGAUCCGGUGCUUUUCCAUCGGGAUGACGUGGGGCUGGUGAAGUUCGAUGUUCGCUAUGUGGUGUUGCUCCGCUCGGUUCAGCCGCUGAGACUUUACGCUUACAAUGUCUUCUGGCUCCGAUUCGCUAACAGGCCGUUUGCGCUGGAUGAGUUGGAUAAUUAUGAGAAACAUUUCACAGUAAUGAAUUACACCCCCGGAGUUGAGCUGAAACAGAUCCACUAUGAUGAGUUUAUCCCCCUGUUUGAGAAGCAGUACCCCGAGAUCCAAUGGGGCUCCAUACAGGCGGAGCUGUUUAAGUGCUUUCGAGAAUUAUUCCAAGUGGCGGCGUCCAAACCUGCGCCUUACGGAAUCUGCGAUUAUUCCUCGUCCCGGGCGAUAUACGCCAUCGACCUCAUGCUGAAAUGGGACACUGACGCCCAAGGGAAGCGGGUGAUGCAGCCUCAAAUCCUGGAAGUCAACUUUAACCCUGACUGCGCCAGAGCCUGCAGGUACCACCCCACCUUUUUCAACGACCUCUUCAGCACCCUCUUCCUGGACGAGACCGACAACUGCCCCGUGACGCCCAUCCUCUAGGGCAAAGAGCUCGCACCUCCCAAAGUGCUGGGCAGACGCUUGGUAACGUGGAUUUAUACCGCAGCGCCCCCAAAACUUCCCCCCCAACCCACUCUGAUGUCACAGCUUCUAUAGGACUCGGUGACUUGCUGGCAAGGCUUACGCUUUGUGGCUGCUGCUUGGGGCUGGGCAAAGGUUUGCUGAGGAUUAUGGGAAAUGCAGGAUUAAUACAGAAGAGCUAUGGUUAAUGCAGAAGUCAAUAUACUGUACCCAAAGAUGCUCGUCCCCCUGUAAUAUUUCAGUCUCAUAUCAUAUAUAUAUAUAUAUAUAUCUCAUUCCCCCAGAAUAUAUGCUGCUUGGGAUAUUCAGUGCACACAGGCAAUAUACAGUAUAUUUCUAUAUAUAUAUAUACCACUCACUUGUUAGUGCACUAACCGUGCCGUGGGUAGGAUCAAGGCUACAAGUGCACCCUGGGAAUUUUUUUCCCAUCCUGAGUCCGUUCCGCAUUUCUUUCGGGAAGUUGUUUCUUUUUUCAAACCAUUUCAGGAAGAGUCUUAAUAGGUUGCAGUGGUGGGUUUCUGUGGUCUCCAUGUUGAUCGGUGGAUUUUAGUUUGUCCCUUUCCACCCGCCGCUUGGUACAGUCGCUCAAAUAAAAAAUUAAACGAUAA